AUGGAAUCUAUUGGAGGCGGCUGGGUGGUGAAACCUAGCAGGGAGGCAUGGGGCUUGUCCCUAAGCAUCAGCCUCUGCUGGUUGCCUCCCCGCUGCCGCCAAACAAUCCACCACCGCGGAGGAAGAGAGAGUUGCUUCUCCAGACAUGGUAGUUUGAUUUCUGCAUCAUCACUUGGUAUUGCCAAGCCAGCCUCUAAGGUUGCCAAGAAAGAAAGCAGUGCUGAUGAUGACAGUUCUGAAGAAAGCUCCGGUAGUGAUGAGGAAAAUGACCAAUCAGUAUCAGUGAAAAAAUCCGCUCAGAAUGAACCAAAAGCUCCUGCCAGCAGUAGUCAAGCUACUACUGUGUCAAAGACUGUUUUUGUUGGGAAUUUGUCAUACAAUGUGGACAAGGAACAAGUGAAGCAAUUUUUUAAGGAGGCAGGUGAAAUUAUUGAUAUUCGUGUUGCGGCCUUUGAAUAUGGGAAAUCCAAGGGCUUCGCGCAUGUUGAAUUUGCUACAACUGAAGCUGCUCAGAAGGCAUGCAAAUUAAAUGGCCAUGGUUUGAUGGGGCGGUCUGUCAGGCUUAAUUUUGCUCAAGAGCGAGGCGCGUUUACUCCUGGCAGCGGGAGGGACAACAAUUCUUUCAAGAACCCUGGUCAAAGCUCUAACAGUACUGCCUUUAUUAUAGGGUUUGAUUCUUCUCUUGGGGAGGAUCAGGUGAUUAGAAGCGCUAAGCAUUUUUUUUCUUGGUACUUAAGUGAUAAGCUUAUAAAUGUUGGAUUUCCGCAGACAUUAGUUUAGGUUAGAUAACGUGUAUUUCAUCUUAUAUUCCCUAUUUCAAAAUCGUUGUUUUACUUAUGAUGAUUACCACAUAUCUAAAUUUUAGUUGUUGAUCCAUAUUUUCGUAGUUGAGACCAAUUCAUCAAACCCUCUGAGUAAGAAGUUAAGAAAUACUCUUUGUGUUAAUAUUACUCCCGAAAAUAAUCAUGUGCUAUCAAAAUGGUCAUCGUCAAAAUACUCUAUGUUAUUUUUCUCUAUCUAGACUUGAUCACUCAUAAUGUCUUGUUUUCCAUUUCCUUCCUAUAUGAAUAUGCAUACAAGGGUACCUCAUACAAAGAAAGUUAAUUAUAUUUUCUAUUUCGUUGUGAGAGGGAUGAAGUUACGUAGUUUUACUGUUAAAUAGUAGCUCGCGCUGCCUCUUGUUAUGAUGUGUUGUAGGUUAGAAGAGU